GAAUUUGCAAAAGUGUGUGGAGAACAUGCUAGUUUAUUUAAAAGUGAGAUAACAGUUCUUGUAAGAACUAUACCACUCCAAGUGAAGAAGUGGAAGGAAAUGGAUGAGUUUCAUCCUGGUACUACUACAUCAGUUUGGAAAAAACUGAAGGAAAAGUUCCCUGAGCUUUCAGAAGAAGAUAAAGAUUGUGCCAUGAGACAAGUAGAGAGUCAGUACAAUAAUCGGCGUUAUCGUCUACUUCAAGCUUACCGAAACAAGAAGCCAAGGCCACAACAUGUCUCACCAGAAGGUUGGCAAUGGUUGAUAAGGAAUUUAUGGACGGAUGAUGAUUUUCAGAAAAGGAGCAACCAAAACUCUAUGAAUAGAGCAAAGCAAGAAAUGGGGUCCAAAGUAGGAACUAGAUCAAUUGCUCAAAUCGCUUAUGAACUGCGAAACCCAGAAACUGGUGAAUGGCCUACUGCUAUGCAAGUUUGGAGGGCUACAUAUCAAAAGGCUGAUGGGACAUGGUCUAUUCCAACGGGUGAAGAAAUAAUGACCAAACUAGAUGAAGCUGCUGGGAUACAUCAAGAAAAGAUUUCAUCUGCGCCCAUACCAAUAGUGGAGCACUUUGCACUAGUUCUUGGUAGAAAGCCAAACCACUCACGUGGUGUUGGCAUUCGUGCUGUAAACAAAGUGGCUGAGGAAAGAAUGAGAUUGCAGGCGCAAGUUGAGGCUUCUGAACAGCGUGAAGCUGCAGCACGAGCACGUGCAGAUGCUGCUGAGCAACGUGCUGAGGCUGCUGAGCAACGAGCACAAGCUUUGGAAGGUCAAGUUUCCACGGUGGUUGAAACAAAUGCACAACUUCAAGAAGAGCAGCAAUCCCAUCGUGAUGCACUGAGUUCUUUGCGUCAAGCACAGAGUGGAGAAGUUGCUCGCCUAGUGAGAGAACAACUUGAUCAACAAAUGGCUGAAUUAGUUGCACGCAUACAUUCUGGUGCCUCGCAGCCUCCAGCAUCUUAGAGUUUAGACCCUUUAGUUGAAUAAUUAUUGUGAGACUUUAAAGUAGUGUCAAGAGAGUUAUUUUGAGAGUUCCAAGUGUUAUAACAUUUUAUGUAUUGUUGGAUCGCAACAAUAUCAUGGUUAA